AUGGCCGACAUCUCGGCCAAGAUCCAGGAUGCGGCCGCCAGGAACAGCGACCUGCUGCGCACGCUCGCCGAGACGGACCACGCGCCGCCGGACCUCGAGCAGCACGGGCGGUUCCUCGACGACCUGCGCGCGCAGCUGCGGGCGUCCGACUCGCGGCUCAAGGCUCUCAACGCCCAGCGCGAGCUGGAGCUCAAGUCGCACCAAAAGUACCGCGACAGCUCGGUGCGGCGCUUCAUGUACAAGGCGGCGGGCAAGAAGGACCGGUUCGCGGAAAAGGCGGACAAGGGCGAGCGCGACUACUUCGAGGUGCUGCAGCGGGCGCACCAGGAGGACAAGAUCAACGGCGGGCUCAAGGCGCAGAUGGAGGAGGCGCAGGGGGCGGCGCGGGCGCUCGAGGCCGUGGCGGCGCGCAACCGCGACGCGCAGCGCCAGCUCGACGAGCUGUACCAGUCCAUCUUCGCGGGGCCGACGCCGCAGUUCCCGGACGAGGACGCGGCCGAGCAGCGGCGCGACGCGCUCGUCGUGCGGUACCGCGCCGUGCGCGAGGCGUGCGAGGCCGAGGAGGAGGCCGUGAAGCUGCUGGCCAGCGGCGACGCCCUCAUGAUGCAGGCGCUGCAGCACAUCGCCGACGCGCUGAGCUACUCGCGCGUCGACAUGUUUGGCGGCGGCGGGUUCGCCGACAUGAUGGAGCGCAACGCCCUCGCCGACGCGGACCGCCUGCUCAUGAUGGCGCGGCUGCAGGCGUCGCGCGCGCAAAAGGCCAGCCCGCAGGUCAAGGCCCUCCCCGGCGUCAACAUCAACCACGGGCACAUCUUUGCCGACGUCUUCUUCGACAACAUCUUUACCGACAUGGCGUUCCACCAGGAGAUCCAGCGCGGGCAGGCCGAGAUGAUGCGCUGCGCCGCCGCGCUGAGGGAGGAGCUGGACAAGGCGGCCGCGCGGAGGGGCCGGUUCAACGCCGAGCUGGCCCGGCGCGAGGCGGAGCUCAAGGAGGGGAGGAUAGCGCUGCAGGAGGAGCGGCAGCGCGUGUUUGACGCCGUGGCCUCGCUGCCGCCGCCGCCGGACGAGGGGCCGCCGAUUUCGUACGAGGAGGCUGUCCGCGCGGGGCCGUCGACUGAUGCUGCUGCUGCUGCUGCUGCUGCUGCUGCUCCUACCGAGGCGGUGCCAGAGCCGGCCGCGGGGACGACGACGGAGGGGAGCAAGCCCGAGGCCCGGCCGGCUGAAACGCCAGCGAGGGAGUGGUGGGAGUGA